ACUGACAACACAAAACAACGAAGAUCCAUCCGCUCCUCGGGCGUCGGACCAAUUCUGCCACAGAAGGAGAGGAGGAAGGACUAUGUUAGCUUAGUGCUGCUGGGGACUGUUAGAGUGUGUAACAUGCUGACUAGAUCAGGUUGCUGAGGGUGAGAGGUGAGAGUUGAAGGGUCGGCAGCGCAGCAGGCAUGCAGAGCAUUAAGUGUGUAGUGGUGGGCGAUGGUGCCGUAGGGAAGACCUGUCUGCUCAUCUCCUACACAACCGGAGCCUUCCCUAAGGAAUAUAUACCCACCGUGUUUGACAAUUAUAGCAGCCAGGUGACAAUAGACGGGCGCUCCAUCAGUCUGAACCUGUGGGACACGGCAGGUCAGGAGGAGUACGACCGUCUGAGGACCCUGUCCUACCCUCAGACCAACAUCUUCAUCAUCUGCUUCUCCAUCUCCAGCCCAGCUUCCUAUGAGAACGUCAAACACAAGUGGCACCCAGAGGUGUCCCACCACUGCCCCGGUGUGCCUGUCCUCCUGGUAGGCACUAAGAGCGACCUGCGUAACGAUGAGGAGACCCAGCGCAAGCUGAAGGAGCAGAGCCAAUCUCCUGUCACUCAUCACCAGGGGGCGGGACUGGCCCGUCAGAUCCAAGCCGCCCGCUACCUGGAGUGUUCCGCCCUCAACCAGGAUGGGAUCAAAGAGGUGUUCGCUGAGGCCGUCCGAGCCUUCCUCAACCCCCAGCACACCACCAGCAAGAGGUCCUGUAGGCUACUGUAGAGAGCGAGAGAGAGAGAGAGAGAGAGAGAGAGAGAGAGAGAGAGAGAGAGAGAGAGAGGAGGGGAAGAGAGAGAGGGGGGAUUGGGGAGAUAGAGAGGAAGAGUAAAGGAGGGGUAAAAAGACUGAUGUUCGCUGAGACCAUCCGAGCCUUCCUCGACCCCCAGCACACCACCAGCAAGAGGUCAAGAUUGGGAAAGAAGGGUGGUUAGCUAGAUGAAGAGACAGAAGAGGGUGGGCAGUUGAAACUGAAAAACUUACUGCAACAAUGGAAAUAAUAGGAAUGUACAUGACUAUGGUAGAAUAAUUCAGUUACAUGUAAAUAUGUAAACAGUAUUCUCUUUUCCCCCAGUGACCGACGAGCCUUACUAUUGGGAAGAGGGAGGGGCAACUGCACUCUGCAAAUGACGAAUUACAGUGAUCUGUUAUCAUGGACACUUGGGCAGUUCUGAUAGGCCAGAGCAGUGUCACUCAACGGCUUUACCAGAGACUGAUUGGUCUGUGAUGGUGGCGUCUACUUUCUCUUCCCACUCCUUGACCCUCGUCUCUUUUCCUCUUAUUCCAGCUUUAGAGCUCAGUAGAAACCCAACUAAAGCAUAUGUAAAGCAUAUUGAGAAAUAUCAUGAUGAGCCAUGCCUCUUUCAAUUCCCAGAAAAGAGCCUUUAAUAUUUGUUUGUUUGUAAAUCAAAAAUGUGCCCUGUAUGUUGACGCUGGCUGCCUCUGUUCAGGCCAGAGGUUAGAGGUCGCAGAUGAAGCUGGGGAGCUGAGAGGUUGUGUCCCAAAAGUUGUGAAACCUUUUUUCCACGACCGCUGAUCUUCCUUCAUAUCUUCCCUUAUAUCAUAUCCCCUCCUGAGUUGUAUACUACAAAGCAAGCUAGAUCUACUCAGGCUUUUAUAACGCUAGCCAGCUUCAGUUAGCUUCACAUUCCAGAUCAGGCUUUUAUAAAGCUAGCCAGCUUCAGUUAGCUUCACAUUCCAGAUCAGGCUUUUAUGAAGCUAGCCUACUUCAAUUAGCUUCACAUUCCACAUCAGGCUCGUACUACUACGGUGGAUAUUGCUCGUCCGCCUGCCGCGAACUCUAGCAGGCUGGUUACUGCGCGUACAUGUCGCACAUGGCUAGUCGAAUGCCAAACUCGUCAUUGAGACAAUGCUGAAACGUCAAUCUAUGGGCGAGUCAGUGCCACACUAUAAUUUGUGCCGAAAUUUAGAAGUGCCAUCUUUAUUUGAUUACUUAUCGUUAAUUCUACAUUUUUUUGUGCUUUUGUGUGCUCAUCAAUGCACGAGCACCUUCUAUCUGUAGAACAGCUUGUUGCGUCGUGGCCACA